UGCUGCUGCAAUCAUCAUCAUCAGCUGUUGUUGUGCCUACCUAGCUAGCCACUUACCAAGCCACUUACCUACCUACCUAGCCCUGUGACCACGCAGUGGUUGUCUAGAUCAAGCUAGCAGUAGAGAUACACAGAGAUAUACACGGAGAGAGAGUGAGAGCGAGAGAGAGAGAGCAUUCUAUUGUGUCUGCGUCUCUUCGCCUCUCUGCGGUCUUCCGCGCGUUCUCACGAUCGCCGUGUGUGGUUUUUUGUUUGUUAUUUUUUUAGUUUUUUUCUUCGCCACGUUUGUUGUCGUCCUCCGACAUCGUCUCUCCCGCAAUCCAUCCUCAUUUCUCCCCCCUGCGUCGUUUGCCUUUUCUGUUGCGAGGUGUGCGCGGGAUAGGAGCUCGCAAACUCUGUUCUAGUCUUAACAGCAGCACUACCCACCACCACCAACAACAUCAACAACCCUUCCUCCUUUUGUCGUCCCAGUAAGUAUCGAAUGCUGUGCAGCAGGAACAACGAGUUUGUUGACGGUGUGUGCACGUACCGGCAGACUCGUGCAGCUGAUCCAAACUGCCGAGCAGAAGGAGAGAGCGGGUGCGAGAGCUAUUGAGCAGCGAGCCGCCUGGGCGAGCGAGAAGGAAAGGAGGAAGAGGGACCUUCGUGGUGGAAAGAGAGCAAGCGAGCGACAGAGAGGGAGCCGCUGCGGCUCUAAAGUUGGGACCGGGAGUAGCCAGCCAGCCUGCCCGCGCGCGCGCCGCCAGGGGAGAAGGUGACGGAGCGACCCUGGCACCAUGGUGAAGCUCAGCAAGUCCAAGACCUUCCAGGCGUACCUGACCAAUUGCCACCGCAAGUACAGCUGCGUGCACUGCCGCGCCCACCUGGCCAACCACGACGAGCUCAUCUCCAAGUCUUUCCAAGGAAGCCAGGGACGAGCCUACCUCUUCAAUGCUGUGGUGAACGUGGGCUGCGGUCCGGCGGAGGAGCGACUGCUGCUCACCGGCCUGCACGCCGUCGCCGAUAUCUACUGCGAGAACUGCAACACCACGCUGGGCUGGAAAUACGAGCACGCGUUUGAGAGCAGCCAGAAGUACAAGGAGGGCAAGUACAUCAUCGAGGUGGCGCACAUGAUCAAGGACAACGGCUGGGAAGAGUGAGACACGCGGCCAUCGGUGGAGGCGCGGCGGUCGGGACAAACGAUGGAGUGGAGAAGGAGGAGGAGGAGAGGAGGAGGAGGAAGACGACAGGGAUUUGUUUCUUCAGCAAUUUUUUUUAUUUUUAUAAUUCCGUGAUAUUUAUUUUUGUUUUCUUAACCGAUCAUUAUUUCUUUCCUUUUGUUUUUUCAAAACGCUACGCCCUGAACAGACCUUUUUCCGAAACAAAAUCGCAGAGCUUGCGUACGCUACACGAAGACCGCUGAACGACGAGAUGCGAGUUGUGGCAGCGCGAGGCUCGGAACGACGGAGGGGAACAGCUGCACUGGGGAGAGCGCGGCCCCUUGUUCCAGGCGGCGCCGUUGGCACGCGACGCGACGCGACGCGGUGACGCGCCACGGUGCGGCGCGAUAACGAUGCGACCCCCUCCCCCCGUGUGUUCCCACGUUGUUCCGUCUUCUCCUUGGUAGCCCCCUCGCCACCCCCUCGCCCAGUGUAUGGCGCCUGUGGAGAGCGCUACGAUCACAGCGUGCGGUGCUAUCGUGCCACUUCCGUGCUUAAAUACUCGCGCUAAAGUCACACGACGACAAACGACGCGACCGCGGUAGGUUUUCGUGGUCGUGCUGCGCCGCUCCCCCGACGCGUUUUGGGGUUUGUACCGCGCGUGCCGUUGUUCACCACGACGUCCGACGUUUCGCUGCACGUGCUGGGAUCUUCAGGAACCUGUCAUCUUCAUGAUCUGUCCACCGCCGCAGGACAAAGAGCCAAGCCAUCGCGAUAUCUCUUGCUAUGUCUCUGCGGCUGAAGAAACUCCCGAGCACAAAACGUCGGACAGCGUGCGGAACAGCGCGCAGUAACAACCUGACGACGCAUCGAAGAGCUGUCCAACAACUCGCAAAAAAACACACAAUUGGUAGCGAAAACCAGUACAGCUUUUAGACCGUGUCUGUGGCAUUUGUGUCUCUGGGUUAGAGGUCACUGCAAGGUUGUCAGGUUGAAGGCUUUGAUGGGUUUUCUGGUUGUGGUAGCUUAAAAAUCCGUGGGUGGUCUGACUUUAUCGGCAGCGAAACAGGAAAGAACACUUUGGUCUUUUGAUGCGAGUUAUUUUUUUUCUCUAACCUUGGAGGCUGAAAAGGAAAUAAUCGUGCCUGAUUGAUAGUGAAAUUUGGUUGCCUUUUGCAUUUGUAACGUGGAUUUUUUUUUGGCAUUUUGGCAUAUCCUUCCUCAAGGCACGCAUUACCGAAUACCUGCUUUUAGCAAAACAACACGCACCGCAGAGAGAGCGAGCGAGCGUGAUAUAAAGUACAACUGCUGGCUUUUCACGCACCGUAGUUCUUUGCGACAAAAAUCCUAAACUCGCAAUACUUUUCUUUUUAAAUCCGUGUAAGAUAAACAGAGCGAGAAAUGUGAGAAGAGUCUCUCAAACAUUUUUCUUGAGUGCUCCGGUGUAGCUUGUUGCAGGGGUGGGGGGUUUUCUUGAAUCGUUGAAGUGAGAUCUACGACUGACUGCGCGGGGACAAAAAAAAAAAAUCUAUCGCCAGUCAGACCGAUUUAGUUCAGGGUGAAAAGCGCUUUGCUUUUUUUUAUUUUGACAGCGGCGGCCACAUUGGCUCCCGCCAGUCAACCAAUACCCCGCUCGUAACUUAAUACAAAUUUAUUAUGAUGAUUAUGUUAACCUUCGUGUCGUCUUUUCUUUUCUCGAGCUGGCUUGUAUCUUGUGACGUUGCCAGACCCCCAUCUCGAGGCUCUUAUCGACCUCUCCUGCCCCCUGCCAAAGCGUUUUCACUUGGGUUGCCACCUGUCCUGCUUUUCCCAGGACCAUCUCUUUAUCUUUAUUAUUUUAGUUCACCAUCCGGGGAAAUCUGACAGUCCUUCCCAGGAUCUUAAUAAUAGUCCUGGUCGUUGUUAGUUGCAUAAUAAUAAUGUUGCACAACUCCAGGCAUUGAAUUUACAAGUUCAGUAGUUCUUCCUCCUCCAGUAUUGUGAAGUAUUCAUCUUUCCAUGAUACUGCCCAGUAAGUUUUUUUUUCCAUUCUCGGAGGUGGCAGCACUAACGCGCGCAACUACAUGCAGUUUAAAUAUAUAUAUAACUUUCUCCAGCCAUGAUCAAUCUGCUGCUGGAUGAACACCUCCCCAACCCCCUCCUCCCCGUUGCCCCCACGUGUUUAUGGCACGGCGUUAGUGUCAAAGGGAGCUGGCAUCUCGCACUGCGCGUGCGUACGUCUGUAUGUUACCCAACACCCCCCGUCCUAUCUAUUUUAGGGUUAGGGUUAUGUUUGGGUUUUUUAAAUUAAUAAAACUAUUAUUUGCACCCCCCCCCCCUUCCCCCUCUAUACUUUAUCUUUGAUAGAAAAGUUAGUGGUCAUUCUUUUGUUUUUGCACAAAUUAAGCGGUGCAACCCCCUCGGCAGAAUACAAAACACGACGGACGCGCCCUCAAAUCGGCACCCAACCAACCAAGAUCGCGUCGCGGCUUCCUGCGUAAUCCGCGUCUCUCUGCAUGCAGAAUUUUGUCCGAACAAUAGGGAGCAGUUGUUCUUUGGCUAGUUUGUCAAAGCUUCGUUUAGGAAUUUGUGUGUGUGUGGCGGUGUCUCGAAGCCAAAAUCGGUUUGUGGUUUUAUCGUGGACGUUCGGGAGGAUGUGAUUUUUUUUCCGAUUUUACGCGACGCGUGUGCCGGUAGCCGCAGCGGGGACGCGUUUAAUUUAGCUCGUGCGUCGUGCGAAGUGUUUGAGAACGACUUGGCCGCCACCACUGCACGUUUGCAGAUUCUCGGGCUACAAUUAGUUAAGCAAAACACCCCCUAAAGAGAAAAAGAAUUGUAUUAAUUUGAGCCUUGGGUUGCAUUUCUUAAUGUUCCUGUUGAUGUUUUUUUUUGUAUUCGGUGGUCAUGCACAUAGUUUUUACAUUAGCGUGAGUGUGUUGCCUUACAUUUAAGAUUACAAAAACUAAAAAAAAAAACCUGUAAAUAUUUUUUUAAUGCUAUCCUUACAUUUUUUCUGCCUCGCUCCACUUGUAUUUUUCAGGGUUAUCCCAUUUAAAGCAUCCUACCGGAUCUUAAGCACUUUGUAACAACGCCGAAGCCUCUGGCGUUCUUUUUUUUCUUACCCUUUGUUCAUUUGAACCGUUUCUCUUCAUUUGGCCGCUCGUGCUGCCAUCGCUUUGUCGUUCAUCCUGGCUAAAAGUAAUUUUGUAGCCAAGAGCAGCGGAGGUCUUCAACGAGUGCUGCUGGGUACCGAAUCUGCUCCCCUGUGCACUACGCCGAAUCGCAGCUCGAGUGUCGGAGCGGCGAAACAACAACCGAUGGGUUUCCAAUUUGGAUUCAUUGUUUUGAUGAAUAAAAUGAGGUGCUGUCGUAUUUCGAGCGCAGAAGGGUUUUGGGAAAAUUGGUCGGAUCGAUGAAUAUUUGUUCGCACCUGCUUGAAGCUAUCCCUCUCAAGACGAGGACAUAUUUACACGUCGCCCCUUGUUUUCGUGAUUCGGAGGACGGGGUAAACGAGAGGAGGAGGUGGGAGGAGUGGUGGUGCACUGCUGCUGGUGCACUGUGAAGCUGGCGGCCUCGGUUAGAUUCUCGGACGGGUCCAACGUUGGUGCUGAGUCAUUUGAAUUGGGCCUGUGCCCCCCCCCCCCCCCCCGCUGUCACUACACACUUCUAUAGAGUGGUGAGGUAUGGUGGAAAACCCCCAUGACUGGCAUGACGUAGGGGAGGCCGUCAACCAGUGGUGGUUUGACAAGGUGCUGAUAAUAUUUUAUUUUGUGAUGAGGAAAUUAUAUUUUUAACUCCUGGUAAGACGAUCUUGAUUUGAAGUUUAAGAUUAAAACUAAACUUUUUUUAUUUUACCGGGCAAUGCCCGCUGAGCUAUGUUACUCAACAAAGUGGCUUACGUGGAAAUUGAUAGCAACCAAAUACUCUAAACGCGUGUUGAUUAUAAAUGUGGAGGGAAAAACCGGAAGUCCCGGAGAAAUAUCCACGCGACCAAAGGGAGAACACUGCUAACGCCAAAUCUACAGGCGUCAGGGUCGCCUGCAUAUUUGGAUAUAUGUAAGCGGAGUGAUUUAUCCUACUUCUAAUUGGAAACGCAACAGAUGAGCAGAUUAAUUAGCCCCGUAUAGUAUCCCGGUGUGAAAUGAGUUGCAGGGUUGGAUUGCAUUUAAAUUGAUUUACUACACCGAGAGAGACCGUUUCCCAUCGUCCAAACAUUUGCAAUGAGUCAAUCGGAAGGUCACGUGACCUUGAUGAGGUGUGGGUGCUCCCACCUCUUCCCAGACGUCUGGCCAGUGUGGAAGAGUAGACCAAGGGUGCCCUCCCAGCGGAGUUUUCUUAGAGCUGUUAGCAGAGGCCCUUCCGCCAAUAUCCUGCUUCGCGGCUGCACCUUUACUCGUGUCCAAACAUUGACCCCCCCCCCCCGACCCAAGCGAGCAUGUCCGGUCAUGCUAAUGGGGCGGAGCAGUAUCGCCCUGGGUGUUGAGCGGUGACGUUGACACGCAUGCUGCUGCCAUCGAGACCACCAGAAAUGGAGCUAUAACCGAUGGUCCUGGGAUAGAUUUGUGGUGCCUCCCCGUCAAUCAUUUUUCAUGCACUCUCCCCGCUUCCCUGCUGCUCCCCCAGUUCCAUCGCCGGCCCAGCUUUCCGCGCCUACCGAUCUAGACGCAGUCGCACGUGUCUCCUUUGCCGCGAUACUGCGAGCGACUAUAAUAAUCGGCACGUCGGCGGCAAAGAAAAGUCCGAAGCUUCGUUGUUAAGAGGGAACUGCUGUCCUGGAGCUUGAAAUCCACCCUCCCAAGCUUCUGAUUGUUGACUCGGGCAUCUAUGUAGAUAAUGCAAAAACCUUCGCUUUAUUUCUCCCUUUCCUGGGGCCACGGUGGCCUCAGAACCGGCCAUGCGUGCCCGUGUCUCGCCUCUGGCUGUACGCUUCUCGUCGUACACACUUCGAGGUAAUGUUCCACUUGUACAGACUUUGUAUUUGAUAAUUUGUAUUUCUGUAUAAAUAUUUAUCAGUAUUUGACAUACUUAUACAUAAAGGAUUUGCUGUGUUGUGCAUUAGUUGUGACAAUAAAGCCUGCUUUGGAAAAUGCAA